ACGCCGAUUCAAUAUUUUUUACAAGACCUUCACACUACUCCAUGAGUGAAUGAUAAGAAAGGGAAAAUACUUCCUAGAUUUCAGUAUAGUAUGUGAUCUUAAUCUAUCUUAAGUGUAGUUCAACCAAAGUGUAAUUUGUGGCAAUUUACGUGUAAUUGAAGAGGUCGUAUAUCAUCGAGGACCACGAAAUCUAAAACGACAAAUUAUCAUCACUCUGCCGAGAUUUCCCUGACAUUUGACCAUGACUGAACAGCUGAAUGUUCGCACAAAUGCAAUUGAGGAAUUUUAUGAUGUGGGYGAGCAGAUUGGGAGCGGACAGUUUGCAGUUGUCAAAAAGCUUCAUUCAAAAUCCUGUGGAAAUACYUUCGCGGCAAAGUUUAUGAAGAAAAGACGGUCCAAAGCGUUAAAAAGAGGAACAAGUCAAGAACAAUUUCUACGCGAAGCGGACGUUCUCCGCUCGAUCGAACAUAAAGGAGUAAUUUACCUACACGAUAUAUUUGAGACCAAAGGAGAGUUUGUCCUUGUGCUUGAAUUAUUAUCCGGUGGUGAGUUAUUCGAGUUUUUGAGUGAGCAAGAAUUUUUGACCGAGGAUGAAGCAGUUGGAUUUUUGAAGCAAGUGAUCGAGGCAAUUGAAUACCUUCACAAGAAAAGAAUCGUUCACUUGGAUAUCAAGCCAGAAAAUAUUGUCUUAAAAGAAGAAAAAUCCUCUCAAAUCAAGCUCAUAGAUUUUGGUUUGGCAAGAAAGCUAAGUGAGGGGGAGAUGGUUAGAGAGAUUAUGGGAACUCCUGAAUUUGUUGCUCCUGAAAUCAUUGCAUUUGAAGCAGUUGGAACAGAGACUGACAUGUGGGCUAUUGGAGUUUUGACAUACAUAAUGCUCAGCGGUGCUUCRCCAUUCCUGGGUGAUGACGUCAAUGAAACUUUCAGUAAUAUUUCUAUGGUUGACUAUGAGUUUGAUGACGAAUAUUUCAAGGAUAUCAGUGAACCUGCUAAGGACUUUAUAUCUACUUUACUUGUCAAAGAUAAAAGUGAAAGAAUGAGUGCCGAGGAAUGCUUACAGCAUGAAUGGAUGCAAGACUUGGACGAUCAAGAGUCACCCAAUACCAGUGAAGAUGACGAUAUCUGCGAUAGUUUUAUCCCACAGACGCCUAUUAAACAAAAGAAUAGUUUAAAGAAAAGGCGAUCCACUAUGAUCAAAACUGAUGCCUUUAAAGCCUUCACUGCGCGUGCGCGGUGGCAGAAAUCUUUAAACAAAGUCAUUGCAAUCAGUCGGUUGGCUCUUUUGGGUAAAAAGAAUAGUCCAAUACAGCGGCAAACCUCAUCCGAUGAAUCCACAAAACCAGUASCGAAUAUUGAAACCAAUCAAGACGAUAAUAAUGACGGCAAAGAUAACAAAACUGAUGAUUUUGCAAAACUCGAAGAAAAGUUGAAGAACAUUGAAGUAAAGAGCGAUAGAGAGGAGGAGAAAGCUACUAGUGACAGUAUUGUGAAGGAACAACUCGUAACUGAGAAGGAGACUUUGGUUGAAGAUUUAAAUAGUAGCGAUUCUAGUUUUGGAGUUUUGAAAAAGACGACUGAUGAAAAAAAUCGGCUGAAUUCUUCCGAAAAUGGCCGAGAAAUCUUAAAGACCAACACAACGUGCGUGUCGAAAGAUGAAGCUAAAACACUUCCAGAGACCAAAAAAGCAGAUGAACAAGUUAAACCAGAUAUAUUGGUAAAAASCAAUACUGAAGGCUCUCUUCCAACGGUUACUAGAACCGAGRAGAAUUCCAAUAGAUUUGAAAGUUUGACCGGUUCAAAGAUUGCAAGCGAAAAUGGUAAAGCCUCACRAACAGUGCCUGAAAUCGGAGAGAGAAGAGCGAGCGGCGAGARCUCAAGACAUCGUCAACAGUUAGAAARUGCCAAUGAACAGCAUGUSCGUAGAAGAGRAUCCAAAGAGGAAGGCAAACAUCAACAAGAGAUUGCUGUUAAUACCACAAAUGAGGGCACGGGUAAAAAGCACUUAGAGGACACAGCAUGGUUGAGAAAGCAAAAACCAUUUUAUUUGAAUAAAGAUAGAAAGGAAGCUUCUAAAGUCAAAAAAGGUUUCACAUCWACUAAAGCUGAAAUACUAAAGUGGGAGAAGAAAAGCAGUAGCGAAUCAACAACGGMACGGCUUCUGACGUCACGCGGAAAUGUCAAAAAGGAGGAACAACGGCUUUCUUUACCAGGAAUUCCCAAGACAGAACUGAAAAAACCACAGGAUUCCCGUCAUGAGAGACACUCCAUUGGUGUAGUACGAGAACCGGAAAGAGAAAGAAGAGUUUAUACAACAACCAUGAGAAUUGCACCCGAAAAGGAAGACAUUGAUUCAAAACGAAACUUAAUUACAAAUCUAAAUACCUCAAGACAACUUAAAGAUGAGACUAUUGGUGAAGUAACAAGACAUCAUGAUCAAGACAUAAAAACUACGAUAGAUACAGGAACUGAUUGUGCUAAUAACACAAAGARAAGUAGCUUAACCCGUAUACAAGGUUCGACUGUACAUAAACAAGACGAUGCAGCUAUCAUUGACAAGGAACAUACUUUUGUAAUACGUACAAGUUUACAUUCCCAGGAUGACUCCGAMUCCGAUGUUGAAUCUGAAGUUGAUAAGGAGGAAGACAACACCGCCAAGGAGCAAAAUGGAACAACCCAUUCUGGAAAAAAAGUCAGCCUGGCAUUUGUCAAUUAUGAACCUGGAAAAAAAGAAAUGGAAGCAUUUCCACAAUUAUCACUUACCCUACAAAAAUCACCCACGUCACCUGAUGCCAAGGAGGACGAUUUCGUGUGGGUAGUUACGACGGAGAAGAACAAACGACGCGAUUUCCUCACUCGUGUUUUGGCUCCAAAAGUAAAAGCAGCUAAAAAUUCACAAUUUGAAGGGGAUGUCUUCGAAAAACGACGAAUUCGACAUAAGCCAAUAGGUGAGAAGGGUCCACCGAAAGUUCGCACACGAAGCUCGUCUUCUCCAAGUGUUUCAUCGAGUGUGCCUGAGGUUCGAAUCAAACAUCAUAGUGUUGCAACUGCGCCGAUGRUGACACACGAYGGAAAGAAUGUCCCAACCGUUCAGUUAAGUUCUGAUAUGCCUGCACUUAGUUUUAAGAUCCAAAUGGGGGAGAUAAAACUAGCGGAUCCUUAGCCCCYUGCUAUCCCUAGAUGAUAUUUUAUAUCUCACUGAUGCAAGCUAUAACGAUGAAGAUCAACAAGGAAAGAAUGGAAAAUUCGCGUGUCUUCCUGUCUAUUUUGCGUCGACCAUCCAGAAAAAAAGCAGAAUGGUCCGAAACUGAACAUGGACGUUAUAAACYACAUGUAYCAAAUAAACAAAUUAAGAAAUGCUAAAUAAUUGGGGAAUAAAAAUAUAAGCUAUUUAGACUGCACAUACUUGUCACCAUGAGGCGUGAUGAUAUGACAAGCUUACCUUCUCUCUGACAAUGUAAAUUACAGUAUAUUCUGGCUAUAUAUAAUAAAAUCUAUUUGAAAAUAUAAGUGAAUGAAGUGAAUUAUAAUAAUCAACCAAUUAAAGCAAGCUGUGUAAUUAUG